GUUGUAAUAAGCCUCAUCAAACCAACAAUGGAAUUUAAUGAUCCAUGAAAAUUCGUAUUCAGUACAAGUUUAGAUGGGUGAGAUCAUUUUUCUAAUUCUUUUUUCCAUUAUUUUCCCAAAAGCUAGUAUAUUUUCUUGGCCAACCACUCCAAUUAUUUCAUGUUGGUUUAGGAAACACCUGUAGUUUUGGGUUAUAAUAAUUGAAGCCCCUGUUGGGCACAUCAUCACAAAAAUUUGCGUAAUAUAUAACUAAAUAUAUAUAUACAAACACAUCCCACAAUCCACAUAGACACAGACUCACAUUUGACUCUUUCUCCAAGCAUUGUCCCCCUCCUCUAGAGAGGGAGAGAGAGAGAGAAAAGUAGCAAACCUGUUUUGUAUUCUGUCCUGUUAUGAAUGAGUGCGGAGUGGAUUUCCAUUGUGUACUUUGAUUCUGUUUUGGUUCUGAACACAGAAUCAUUGAAACACACACACCUCCUCAUUCUUUUCUUCCCUACCAAACCAGUAUGAGAUACAUUCGGACAGCCAGCUUGAAGAGGCUCUUCUCCCUCAAACGCCACGCCUUUGAUGAAGAACACCUCCCCGAAUUCAACGCUCACCAAAAAGCCGUCCAGCCGUCGGAGAAUUUCCAGAAACCCACCUGGAAAUGCUACUCCUACGACGAAAUCUCCGCCGCCACCAACGCUUUCUCCGCAGAUAAUAUGGUGGGGAAAGGAGGGUUUGCGGAGGUUUACAGAGGGGUGCUCGGGAACGGGCAGGCGAUUGCGGUGAAACGGCUGACCAAGGCGGAAAACGACGAGAGGAAAGAGAAGGAAUUCUUGACGGAAAUUGGAACCUUAGGACACGUUUCCCAUCCAAAUGUCACGUCGCUGCUUGGCUGCUGUAUUGACAAUGGCCUUUACCUCAUUUUCCAGUUCUCAUCCAAAGGCUCUGUUGCUUCUCUUCUUCAUGAUGAGCAAUUGCCUACAUUGGACUGGAAGACAAGGUACAAAAUUGCGCUGGGAACUGCAAAAGGGAUACAUUAUUUGCACAAGAACUGCCCUAGAAGAAUAAUUCACAGGGACAUUAAGUCUUCCAAUAUUUUACUAGCUGCAGAUUUUGAGGCCCAGAUAUCAGAUUUUGGUCUAGCAAAAUGGCUUCCAUCACAAUGGAGCCAUCAUUCCAUUGCUCCAAUAGAAGGAACAUUUGGGCAUUUAGCACCGGAGUAUUUCAUGCACGGCGUCGUAGACGAGAAGACAGAUGUGUUUGCAUUUGGUGUGUUCUUGCUAGAGCUUGUCUCUGGCAAGAGACCUGUUGAUAGCUCCCAUCAAAGCUUGCAUAGCUGGGCCAAGCCUAUACUGACCCGAGGAGACUUGAAAGAGGUCAUUGAUCCGAGGCUCGGAGAUGACUACAAUGUCGUCCAGCUCAACAGGCUCGCCUUUGCAGCCUCUCUCUGCAUACGCGCCUCUCCAAUAUGGCGCCCCACCAUGAGUGAGGUGGUGGAGGUGAUCUUAUCGGAGGAAGAAAUCGACACGGAUAAAUGGAAGAUUCUGGAGGAAGAGGAAGAUCAGGAGGAGUUCUGGGGGUUCGAGGAUCUCGAGUGUGAAUGUGAAUAUGAAUGCGACACUUCCUCGUCUUCAAACUCUCAACACGAUGACUCCAUCUCAACGGGGAGUUCGUACAACAAGAGAAACGAGUGCUAGAUUUGAGCUGUGAAUAUGGGAAUAAAAUGUAAGAAAGGCUAGCUAGGUGUAUUGUUACAUGUAACAAGAUUAUAUAUGUUGAUUUUUUUUUUCUCUUGUUGUAGACACUAUUAUGUCUAUAAUGUAGCUAUGCUAUGCCAAUUUUGAUCA